UCUCUAGCUGACUCACCUGAAGCAACCAUUCUAACAGGUAAAAGUGGGUUAAGUGUUUCGCAGGUGAUCCGUUGGAGCACCGCUGCCAUGGCUGAGUCUCAGUUGAUAUGCAUGGACGAUGAACACGUUAACGUGAAGAUACCGGAAUGUAGACCGGCGUUUUAUUACAGCGAGGAGCAGCGGGCAGCGCUCGAGCAGCUCUUGAAAAACGGGGACGGCGCUUUCAAGAUGCGUCUGAAAGAGGACAACAUUAAAGACUUUCUCUCCGCCAGGGAAAUUAAACUGAUACGGGAUACCUUUCAGGAAUAUGACAGUGACUCGGACACCUGUUGCUCUCAGUCUCCGCAUGACACGAGCGAAGACUCGGGUGUGCAUUCGACCUACUGGCCGACCAUGUCUGAUACGGAGAUCCCUCCGCUGGACAUCGGUUGGCCCAGCAACGGCCACACUUACAAAGGGGUGACACGGGUGUCGGUGUACACCCACCCACCCAAAACCAACAGUCCGCAUAUUAAAGAAGUAGUGCGCGGACUCAUUCAAGAAUCUACAAAGUUGGUGGCCGUGGUCAUGGAUCUGUUGACGGACCUGUUGAUCCUGCAGGAUCUCUUUGACGCGGCGAGUAAGAGGGGGGUGGCUGUGUACUUGCUGCUGGAGGAAAACGGCUUGCCUCACUUCCUGGACAUGAGCAGCAGACUGCAGAUUUCUGCACAGCAUCUGAGGAACCUGCGGGUGCGAACUGUGAGAGGCUCAGGCUUGGCUCUGUCUUUCGGUCGUCUCCCAGGAUCACUCUGCUCCAAGUAUAUGUUGGUGGAUGGGGAGAAAGUGAUGUCUGGAUCAUACAGCUUUACGUGGAGCUCCUCCAGAAUGAACCGCAAUACAAUCACUGUGAUGUCAGGACAAAUCGUUGACUUCUUCGACAAUGACUUCAGAGAGCUGUACGCCGUGUCCGAUAAAGUGGAUCUAUACCGGGAGUUUCACAUCAGCAAGCCAUCUCUGUCCGUUCCCGUGCUGAAAACGCCAGCAGAACCCAAUCGACCUCCAGUUCCUGUGUAUACAUCUCGUUUCCAGGUCUCGCUGGAGGACAACAAAAAGACUGACCUAAGGGUUCCUGCACAUAAAUACCACAAUCCUAAGUACUCUUUGGUUGUUGGCAACAGUCUAGGUAUAACUGGCUCCUUGCAGGAUCUUUCAGCUCUUAGGGACUACGAUCAUCAUGACUCUGUGAAUAAUACUGAAAAACAAAUCUACACCAACGGGGACAUCGUCACUACGCAGUCCCCGGAUGGGACAGAGGAGGGCAAGGGUGAUGGGAAAAAACUCUCUCCGUUUGGCUCUAAAAAGCAGCGCAGUUCCUUCCGAAAUUUCUUGAAAGGAAGAGCAAACAAUCAGACUCCAGACACAAUCUCUAAAACAACCAAUCAAAGCACUGAUCCCAUACAGAUAAGUCAUAAAGACACUAAGAUAACUAAUAACUCGAAUGAAGCAUCUAGGUUGGUCACUCAGACCAAGGGAGAUGCAUCCAAAGACAGUAUUUCCACAACUCAUCAAAAGAAUUCGGAGAAUGGCAGCACAGAUGAACUUGACGACACCUUUGAGAUAAUAGCAAAUCCACCAGAGGUGAAGUUUAAAAGUAAAAAGAGUAAAAUGGGUUUGAGGACAUCCUCUCUUCAAGCUAUUCCUACAUACGGCGAGGAAGGCCUGAGAGGGCGGAGGCGUAGCCAGAAGAAGACUUGCAUUCAGUCCUGAGAUAUCCUUCUCAUCUCAUUCGUGCUUAAAAAUCAAGACUUAAGACACUAAGACAGGUCGAACAAGAAAAUGAACUGCAAAUACUGAAACAUUAAAAAGAUUGGACAAGGUGUGGAUGGUGAUUAUCCAUAAAAUAACGUCGGCAGUUGAGAUCACUCAAAGUUUGUCAAGAUUGUGAGCUUGUUAUUGUUGUUCUACUAUGAUAACUUUCAAAAUGCUGACAUUGCAUGAAACUACUGUGACAAAGAAUGACUGAAACAUAAUCCUCACUUAGAGGUCACGUGACUUCCUGUCUGACUCAGAACGCAUAGGUUGAUGAAGUUUAUUAUGUGUGCGCAUGUAUGCUUUUUCAUUUUGUAUAUCAAAGACGUUUGCUGUUCAUUAGAUGCUUAUGAUCUCUGAUCCACAUACCCUGUCAAAAUCAGCUCCGCCUCCUCGAUGUUCUGCGUGUGGGUCCAUCAGAGAAAAGAGGGAAAAGGUCCACAAUUGACAAAUAAGCAACUAAGUAAAACGUGAAAAGUGCCUGAUCCGUUACAGCGAAGCUUGUCUGAUUUCGGAAAAAUACAACCCCAAGGUUUUUUGGCUGUUGGCCUAUGUCAGAACGGGAUGAUUAAUACAACUUUGUUGCACUUCAAACACUGCAUUUGAGCAAACACCCACUCGGUAGCUACCGCUCCUUCAAAGAAUGUUAUUUCCUCGUUGCACUUAGGUAAUAGAUGUGAAGCAUUCAAUUCGUUUUCAUUGCGAGUGCCAAUAUGUGAAAGGGCAAUGGCCUUAAAUAAACGGAAACUUCCUUUUUCUUUAUACUUCUGUCGAGCUGUGAUCUUGCACUUACUGCCUGUGAAAAAUGAAAUGACCAUGGGCCUCACAUUCUAAACGUUCAUUAAAUUCAGUUGUGAAGUGGCUAACAGCUACAAUUACACUUAUUAUUAUAAUAAAUACAUAUAUAACUAUUUAUUAUAACAACACUUAUUUAUCAUUUUUGAUACAUAAAGAAGAUUGAAAAAAUCCAUGAAACGAGGCAAUGGUUCUCGAAUCCCCAAUGAGAUCAUCAGAGAUAGGUCAACAGCUCUGUUUGUCUAAGGAAGGAGUGUAACUUGUGCUCCCUUGUUUGUUAACAGUAUUAUUUGUCCUGUAGCUAACGCAUGUAAAUAUUCAUGAAUUAGGCCUAGUAUGAGCAAAGACUGAGUCAGUCAUCAAUUUGCGUAUGUCUGGGAUACGUGGGCACAUAGGGUUAAUAUCUGAUAAUGCAAAUAAAAAAUAAUUUAAAGGAGAUGAAAAGAUGAGGAAGAGGGGAUUUGGCUCUUUAGACCACAGUUUAGAGUGUUUUGCAAAGAAAACAGCUCCACCCCUUGAAAAUACAAACGUUUGUAGCAAUUUAAUGGUUAAUCGUCAGCAUCCUCUGCUGGAGGAUUGUGUGUAUUGUCUGUCGUAAACGAGUUUUCCAGGUAAAGAAAUUAAAUUGAGUACACUUUAUUUUUCAGUGAAUUUAAGUGUCACACAUUUCUUUUUUGCUUAAUAUAUACAAGUAUUGUCUCAAAAUAUCACAGUUGAGUACACUUCAUUUUAUCCUAAUAAGUACUUAAAACUCAUUUUUGUAUCAUGUACAACUUAAGUGUACAACGUGUGUUAAGGUGCACUUUAUUCACCUGGAUUGUUUGAUACAUUUACAAAUUGCCUUGUAGAGUAAACUUAGGCUACCUCAGAAUAACAAUCAAUGUCAUUUGUUCGUUGUAUAGUAACGCUUACUUUUGUCUUUAAUAAAUAAGUCAGAAAAUAAACAUUUGCAUUUGCAACCUGA